AAAACUGUUGUCUGCCGCACCCAACAAUGAAUUGAAAUGAAACCGAGAAAAAACAUACCAUACAGGUGCUUUUUAAAUUUACACAAGCCUGAGAUCAACUGAAAUGUCAAAUGAAGGCCCAGCCAGUCCAUCACCAGCUUCGCCUGACAUGGAGGGUCUGGAGGCAGUGGACACUGUCGGGAGUGAUGAGGGAGAGCUACCCUCUGACCCCGGGGAGUACACAGAGAUUGUUGAUGAAGUAACAGAGGACAAUGGCUCAGUGGCAUCAAGCAGGUAUCGGUCUCAGCACCGGUCCACUCAUCGUGAACCAUCUGAACUUUCCAGUGAGGGACACAGGAAAAGACAUAAACACAGACACAGCAGCUCCCACAAGCACAAACACAAGAGGUCACACAGCGGUCACCGAGGUGAUGAAGUCGCCGGAGAUAGAGAGAUGGAGGAUGGGGAGUAUGAGGGGGAGGAAGGAGAGUUCCCAGCUACUGGUUACCAAGACGACCUAGGGUCAUCCCGCGACAGGAAACGCAAGCGCAAACACUCGUAUGAGUUUAGUGAGAUCAAUUCAGAAUAUGAAGAAUCUCGUCGCAACAAACAUGGCCGCCACCACUCCUUAGAAGACCCCAGGGCCAUGAAGCGUAAACUAAGAGAACAGGAAAUAUACGAAUAUGAAAAGGCCAAGCUUAAGAGAGCCAUGAAGGACACUGCAAUGUACGAGUAUGAAAGAGCAAAGCUCAAAGCUGAAAUGAAAGAAAGGGCAAUGAGGCAGGCCAUCAAGGAACAAGCAUACAAAGACGCCUUGAAGGAGCAGGCUUACAGGGAGGCUUUGGAAGAGAAGGCGUACAGGAAAGAGAAGGUGUAUAGAGAGGUGAUAGGUGACCGGGAAUACUUGAAGGAAAUGGCUUACAGAGAGGCCAUGAAGGAACGGGAGUACCUGAAGGAGAAAGCCUAUAGAGAGGCCAUGAAAGAGAAGUCUUACAGGAAGACCAUGAUGGAGCGAGAGUACGGGGCCCGGGGGUAUGGUGCAAUGGAGGAUGACACCUAUAGCGUGAUGUCUGAACGCUCUGACAGGAGCUACAUGUCUGAAAGGGGAAGGGUGAAGAGGGGUCUGAGUGGGGCUGUCCUGAUGGAAGAAAGGUCACCGGAGAGGACUUUGAGCUACAGGGAUGUGUAUGGUGAGAGGGGCUCAAUGAAAAGAGGUCGUAGUGGGGCUGUGUUGAAAGAUGACUUUGAUGACUUAAUCUCGGAGAGGAGUUUCCGCAGUGAGAAAGGUGAGAGGAUAGCUAGAGGCCGGAGUGGGGCUGUAUUGGUGGAAGACAGUGGGGAUGAAGGAGCCAAGGUAGAGAGGGGCCGCAGUGGGGCCAUCCUGCGGAUGGAUGAUGAUCCGGGUGGGAAGAUUGCACGGGGAAUGAGUGGGGCCAUUCUGAUAGAGGACGAUGGGGAGGAACUGGCACCUCAAAGGGGUCGCAGUGGGGCCUUGCUGCUUGAGGACAGGAGUGGGGGUCAGCAUCCCCUUGGUUGGGGCAGAGGGGGACACAAGGACAUGAGAGAACCAAGCAUACCUCCAGGAAUGCCCCCGGGACGAGGUCGAGGUGGAUUCCGGGGCCGAGGGGGGUUCAGGGGGAGGGGUAGGGGACAGUGGAACCAGGGUAAGGACUUCUACAACCCACCAGUGGCAUCUUCCCAGGCUCAGCCAACCCCAGAUGAAGCUUCCCGCUCAAGUAGAAUUGGCUCCAACUUUUACAGGAUGGAGAGUAAGGAGAAGGUGGAGGUUGAUGCCCGUGGUUACCGAGCCCGGAGUCCAGAGAGGAUUGACGCCUUCGCCCCAAAGAAACCCAAGUGGAAACCAAAGGAUGAAGACGUCAAGUUGCAGCAGUGUGUGAGGUCGGUGGCUGAGACUGUAGAAGAUGAUAUUGGGGAGGUGUCAGCCUGGGUGAGGUGCUCUGCCGCUGACCUCUACUUCAGCAGGGACAGGCAGACAGGUAACAUGGUAGCGACCAAGCGCAUGACAGACCUAGAAGACAAAUUUGAAGAAGAGAUUGUGGAGCGAGCAGGGAAAGUGCGCGCAACGCAGAAGGCGUACAGGAUGGAGCGUAACACACGACCUAACUGGCGUGAUGCUCACAAAUGCUCCAAGGGUCAGUGUGGGCAGGCCGGCUGUCCGAAAGCCAAGAAGGAAGGAUCAGACUCCAGUUCUGACAGUGGGAGUGGGAGUGGGAGUGGCACAGAUUCUGACUCUGACAACGACAUGCCAUCCAAGGAGCUGCAGUACAAGAUCAACAAUCCGUACAGGAUGCACAAGGAGAUCUGGUACAACGAACCGAAAGAGUUGAAUGAUGGUCCAUUGUGUCGAUGUAGCUUGAAGGCCCGGAAAUUUGGAAUUCGGCACGACAUCUACCCUGGAGAGGAGCCGAUCCCGAAGUGUGACCCCAGCAGUAAUAACCUGGAUAAGCUUCAUCACUACAAGAUCACCAUCUCACCAACAACAAAUUUUAAGAGUGAGCAUCCAACAGUUGUCAUGUUUGACGGCCAUGAAUACACAUUUGAAGGAUUCUCCAUAUUUGUGCAUGAAAAACUGCCCAAGUUGCCAGAGAUGCAGAUUAUCCGGUUUAACCAUAUGUAUACGCUGCACUUGAUUGAGGAACCUGUCCCCGAGAACUUCUCCGUGCGUAGCCUGGAUCUGCUCACUAAAUACGUAUUUGACGAGAUAUUGGAGCUUGUGGACAUCGAUUGGAAGGGGCAGAACGCCACAGACGAGCACUGCCGUAGAUUCCAUGUGUUUCCAAGGUUUUCCAGGCCUUUCCCAGAGAAUGGUAAGGAGCUGUUGUCUAUGAAUGAUGUGAUGUUGUACCUCAUGAAGAUAUGUAAGCCCCUUGUCGACAAGAAGGAUCUGCCCUUCCUCCUCACGCUCGAGAACUCUGAGUGGAACAAGUUUGUGGACAGCUUCCGGCACGUGAUCGUCACCUGGCCAGGCAUGAGGCCAAGCUCUAUUCGUAUUGACCAGCUGGACAGGACAGAGUGUAAACGUGACCCGACAGGGAAAACUUUCCCGGACAUUGUCCACCAUGGGGUGAGGCCCUCCCAGCUCAGCUACGCUGGAGACCCUAUGUACAAGAAGACGUUCCGUGCAUACAUGAAAUAUCGUCAUAUCCUGUGGACAAGGGCCAAGGUCACAGAUAAGGACAAGGAAAAACUAGAGGAGUUUGAGGCUGAGCUGGAGAAAAUACGAUCUAAAUACAAUAUGAAGAGAGAGGUGACAUCAGACAUAGACAGUGAGGGCUUUCUUCUCACAGGGAUUAGAGCCGAUAUCUGCCAGUAUGCCCUGCUACUGCCCGUGCUGUUUAACCACAUCCGGUUCCACUCGUGCCUUAAUGUCCUGCAGUCCAACAUUGGCUAUUUCUUCAAGGACAUCUCUUUGCUCCAGCUUGCCCUGACACACAGUUCGUACAAGAUCAACUAUGGGAACAACAUUGAUCACGGGCGUAACGCUCUCUCUAACUGUGGGUCGCGGCAGAUUGAGUUUGGAGACUCACAGGUCCACUUUCAACACACGAGGAAAAGAGGUUUGAACAUGUUGAUGAAGAUCAUGUCUCGGUUUGGAAAGAAGGAGGAGGUGAAGUCAGACAUCCCACACAACGAGAGGCUGGAGUACCUGGGAGACGCAGUGGUAGAGUUCAUCACAAGCACGCACCUGUACAGUAUGUUAACAGAUGCUUCUGAAGGUCCACUCACCAUCUACCGAGGUUCUCUUGUCCAGAAUGCCCACCUUGCCAUAAUGGCAGAUAAAUUAAGGCUACAGGACUUCUUGUUGUACGCCCACGGGACAGACCUUUGUCACACCAGUACGCUAAACCAUGCCAUGGCCAACUGCUUUGAGGCGCUCAUGGGUGCGCUGUACUUGGACGGAGGUAUUGAGCUGGCGGACCGGGUGUUCUCCCAGACCUUAUGGAAGGACGAGCCAGAGCUGUUAGACAUCUGGCAGAACCCACCCAAACAUCCCCUCGUAGCUGAUGAACCCGAUGGGGAUAGACACUGGCUGGAGAAGAGCCCCGUUCUCAAGUCGCUGGUGAAGUUUGAGGAGGAGAUCGGGUAUGAGUUUAAACACAUCCGCUUGUUGGCGCGCUGCCUCACCAUGAAGAGUAUCGGCUUUAACAACCUUACACUGGGUAACAACCAGCGUAUGGAAUUUCUAGGGGACACAAUUAUGCAGCUGAUCGUGACUGACUACCUGUACAGACAUUUCCCCGACCAUCAUGAAGGACAUCUCUCACUACUGAGAAGUUCCAUCGUGAGUAACAGGACACAGUCUAUCGUGGCGGACGAGCUUGGCCUCCGGGGCUACCUUGUGAAACAACAGGAAGUGAAGAAGGCUGGGAUACAGCGCCCCGAGAAAACCAGCAACCUUAAGAUGAAAGAAAGGGCUGACCUUUUGGAGGCCCUUCUAGGUGCCUUGUUUGUGGAUGGAGGUAUAGACCCGUGUCGUGUGUUGUGUGAGGUCUGCUUUUUCCCCAGGUUGGAGUCGUUUAUCCUGAACCAGGACUGGAAUGACCCCAAGUCUCACCUCCAGCAGUGCUGCCUCACACUGCGUAACGUGGACGACGAAACACCCGACAUUCCUGUGUACAAGGUAAUCCAGCAGAGCGGACCGUCUAACCUGCGCAAGUACAAGGUAGCAGUGUAUUUCCGGGAGAAGCGUCUCGCUAUUGGUGAUGGAGGCAGUAUACAGCAGGCCGAGAUGAACGCGGCUGUUGAGGCACUUGAACACUCAGAAAUUAUGGACAAGAGCAACCUGAAGUUUCGUUUGAAUAAGAAGCGGAUGUUACAGUACCGGCGGACAUGGGGUCAGGGUGGUUUUUUUCAGUCAACCGGGGGCCAGUACGGACAACAUAGCCAAGGAAAACCUGGCUUCGGGCCGCAUGGGCAACAUAAGCCCCAGGGUUUUGGGCACCAGAAAUCCCAAGCAUUUGGGCAUCCCAAGACUCCCCACUGGCAGCAGCCUAAGAGGCCCUGGAUGAAAAAGCCUGGACAAACGCAUGGCGCCUUUGGCAAACCCGGACAAAUGCACGGAGCUUUUGGCAAACCCGGACAGACACACGGCGCCUUCGGCAGACCUGGACAGACACAUGGUGCCCUUGGCAAACCUGGACUGCACAGCAAGUUUAAACAACAACCACAUUACAAAACAACCAAUAGACAACAGGAGUUUAACGAUCAUUGAUAACAUGAAUCAACAUUUUUUUAUUUUCUGAUCAACUUCAAUUCUAUGUAUAUGCAUUCAUUGGGAAUUUCCCACUUCCCUCAAGUGUGAAUGUGAAGAACUCUAGACAUCCAUAUAAAAUGGAAUCACUCGGAAUUUUCAGACAGUAUGUAUUCAGGAUGUUCAAUCCUUUAAGGUUGAGUGCAGUGUUAUGCCUGUGAACAAUAAUUUUCCGGCACAAUUUGUAUUUCAACAGCAAUUUAAUAGUCAUUAUUGGUUGGACUAUGAAAUAGAAUUCAGUGAUAUAUUGUGAUUUACGGUAAUAAAAUGAACAAGGUG